CAAUCACUCUUUUUUUCCUGUCGCAGGAGUUAUUUUGUUCUUUUCCUGACACGAGCACACAGGAAUAUUGCACUUUGCUUGGCCUGCAAUGCCACGGCGAGCAGGGCCUGGGGUGUCCCAGUUUCUCCUUUGCUUGUACUGCUGAGUAUGAUGCGUGGCGCUGCUACCGUCACCUGCGCUGAUGAACUAGGAAACAGAGCCAAGAAAAAGGAGAUUUCUGAACCUGCGCUAGCGACGAAAGCUGCCGAACGACAUCUUGCCAAAUGACGUGCCGGUAGUUGUAUUUGAUUGUGGAUGGAAAGACUGGUGGAUCCUAUCGACUUUUCACAGCUUGGAUCAGGCUAACUGGUGUUUUAUCGCGCGCCUCUGAUUAUUUCGUCCGCCUUCUUUGCCGUCGCACAGCACGUUGUUUGCCAUCCUUCUGUGUCGUGAUUGCGUGUGUCUCGUGAUUGUGUGUGUGUGUGUGUGCGCGCACAACGUAAUAAUAAUAAUAAUAAUAAUGGAGUUAUCCGCCCAGGAAAAGCAGUGCAUUCUCACUGAUGUUUAUCAGUCGGACGGGAUUCUUGGCCAGGGCGCGCUCGGGACCAAGGUUUACCUGGGCAAGGUCAACGGUGCAGAGGUGGCCAUCAAGCGCUUGCCAGCCGGUCGACUUCACAGCGACUCUGGCCAGCUUGCAAUGCGCUACCGUCGCCUGUGCAAGGCCGUGGCAGAGCUGUGCCCUGUUCGUCAUCCCCAUGUUAUUCAGCUGAUGGGUAUCGCACAGCCGUCCGCUGGUCAUGUCAGCCCCGGGCUGGUGCUGGAUAAGAUGGACAUGCCGCUGAGGAAGCGUUGGAGUGCGGAGCCCUACCUGAGCCUUGUACACGAGCAGCGGGUUGUCCUUCAAGCGGCGUCCGGCCUGGAGUAUUUGCACGCGCAGGGCAUAGCGCAUUGCAACAUCACCGCCGACAAUAUCCUGUUGAGCGGCGUGGAGUCCGAGCAGUUCAUCGUCAAGCUCACGGACAUUGGCAGCACGACAUGCUAUCACGUGAACAGCGAUGCACUGUCCGACCAGCCCAGCAGUCGUGCUCCCUUCAUGCCACCCGAGAGCCUAGGCAGUGGUGGUGGUGCCAGUGCCGGUCGUGGAUCUACGGACUCGGCCAGCAGCGCUGCAGGUGCCGCCUCGUCUGGCUUCGAAUCGGAUUGCUACUCGCUCGGCGUGUGCGUGCUGGCCAUGGUCGUGCGUCGGGAUCCGCCCGACAUGUACACAUUGGAGCGUGACGGACGCAACGCGGAUCUUCAGCGCAUGCCGCGCCGCCAUCCGCUUCGCUCCCUUAUCACUGGUAGCCUUAGCGACCGGCCUGCGAAUCGUCUUACUGCAAGAGAGAUGCGCAACUACGUCGAGAUUGUGCAGGCGGAAGGCGUGCGACCUAUCAACAGCCCGCAGUCAACCCAGCAGGGCUCCGUUGUCGAGACAACACUGUCACAGUGUCAAGGAGACCUAGUCUUCAAUGGCGCUUACGGCGACUCUGGGAAUGGGCAGAAGCUGAAGGAGAUAGCGCCGGCUGCAUGCAACGAUGAUGCUCUGUGCGCCGCAGUUGAUGUCAUCUCGGCUGAUGACAAUCCGCAUGCCACAUGUUCCGGCACACCCUUCCCAGUCGCCGACUCUGAGUCUCAGUCGGAGGACGCAGAUGUAGUAGAACAUCCUGCCGAACAUACUAUACCGCUGGUAGCGCCGCUGGAUACACCGCUGGUAGCACCGCUGGAUACACCGCUGGAUACACCGCUGGUAGCACCGCUGGAUACACCGCUAGUUGCACCGCUGGAUACACCGCUGGUAGCACCGCUGGAUACACCGCUGGUAGCACCGCUGGAUACACCGCUAGUUGCACCGCUGGAAGCACCGCUAGUUGCACCGCUGGAAGCACCGCUAGUUGCACCGCUGGAAGCACCACUAGUUGCACCGCUGGAUACACCGCUAGUUGCACCGCUGGAUACACCGCUAGUAGCACCGCUGGAUACUGCUGGUACUGGGGUGCUGAUUCCAUUGGCCAAGGGAGUGGAGACAGAUGAGACGGAUGAGGCAGUUCCCGUAACCGUCACCGCCCAGCCAGUAAAUACACCGGACGACAGUGCCGGUAAAAAAUUCCAUCCGCUAGUCGCCACACCUCCAAGCCUACCCAAAUUUGGACACGCAGAACAGCCGGCGCCACGCGAUGGCCGCAGCGCUGACCAUGCAGCCAUUAGCACCACGCGUGUCCGCGCUGAGCAUCUCGUCACCAGCACCGCCCAACACCAUCCAGCAGAGGAAAGUAACCAAGGUGUUGCAAUGGUAACAACAGGACCGGUGGCUUCUGGCACCGCUGACAACAGCGACAACAGCAGCAACAGCAGCAGCAGCAACAACAGCAUCACAGCAGAAUCUGAAAUGCCAUUCACUGGCGCAGAACUCGACCACCAGUCUGCCACUCAAGAAGACUGCAUUGCGCAGGACGACACAGGUGCAGGGGGAUGCUUCGAUCCCACAGCCAGUAGCCUCCCCUAUCCGUCUCUCACUGCUGACCCACCUCUAAACAGUUAUACACAAGCGGACACGCCUGCUGACGAUGGUAACACAUCCGUAGAGCCACUUGACGAAUCCAGCGACCACUGUUCACCGUUUGAACAUGAUAGUCUUUCGUCGGCAGGUGAGACAACACCGAAUGUAACAACGCCACCGACGGCACGAUACAAUAGUCAGCCGGUACCCAGAGCUCGUAAUCAUGCUACUGUUGAUGCUGGUCGUAGUGCUGGUCGUAGUGCUGGUCGUAGUGCUGGUGAUGGUGCUACCGGUGGUGGUACUGGUGCUGCUGCUGCUGCUGCUGGUGGUGGUGGUGGUGGUACUGAUGCUGUUGCUGGUGCUGCUGCUGGUGGUGGUGGUGGUGGUACUGCUGCUGUUGCUGGUGCUGCUGCUGCUGCUGGUGGUGGUACUGCUGCUGUUGCUGGUGCUGCUGCUGCUGCUGCUGGUGGUGGUACUGCUACUGGUGGUGGUACUGGUGCUGCUGGUGGUACUGGUGCUGCUGGUGCUGCUGCUGGUGCUGCUGGUGGUGGUGCUGCUGGUGGUGCUGCUGCUGGCGGUGGUGCUGCUGGCGGUGGUGCUGCUGCUGGUGGUGGUACUGCUGGUGGUUCUGGUGGUGCUUCAGGUGUUAGGAAUACCAGUGGACUGUCGACCAUGUUGAUGAAUGAUAGUGAUCGUGCGCAAGAAGUGCGGCGAGAGAAGAAAAUGUCAACUGCCUCAGAUGGCGGCUCGAAAGAGCAACAGCUCACCGGGGACAAAUUCACACUUCAAGAAGGGAAGUCUUCACAGACGUUGACUGCUGACACCUCCUCGGACACCUCAACUGUACAGUCCAGUGCGAAUCAGGUCGACUCCAUGGCAAACGGAACAGCGCUGCAAACUGCAGCUGAUCCCCCUAUGACAGCUGCAAUGCACGCCAAUCUGGAGGCUCCAAGUGACCGGUCCAGUGCAGCAGGAGGGAUUACAGCGGAAUUGCCAGCCGGGACCGGCCUCCCAAUGACAGUGUCGUGCCGAAACGAGCCACUGCUGAAGCUAUCGGGGCUGCAGCCAUCACUAGCCAGUGAUACUCAGUCUAUUACCCAAUGCUCUGAACAACCUGACCCGGAUACCCUGAUACCUACCAGAAGGCGGCUAACGUCAUUCCGAGGCGAACAAGGGACGAGCACAGCGUCUUUCUCUCCCCCAAUGCCGACCCAAUCUCGCACUGGCAUCAUACCAGCAGCAGCACACAAUCCAAGACCCGCGCGUUACUCACACUCUCCGCGUGGCAACCAGCCACCAACAUCAAGGGGUCCCCGCGCCAGGAAGAAGAAAUCGCAAUUCAGCUCCUCGGGAGACGCUGAUGUGUCUGACUUCACAAGUACUGGAUUAGAUGAUUCAACAUUCAGCCCCCAUUCGCCGAGAGUAAAACUGAGGAGGGACGCAUCUGGUAAUCAGAAGAAGGAAAUUCAGGUCUGUUUUGCAGAGAUACUCACCCACCUCAAAAUUCACGCCAAUAUGGUGCCAGACGACUUGACCGCGACGGACACCAGUAAGAAACUUCCAGGGCGUGUCUACAGGGCCGACUUUACGAGUUGCGUGCGCAGUGUGCUGAACCGGGACAUGCAUCUUCCGGACGUGAAGAGAAGUGGAUGUGAAUGGGAGACAACUAGUCAUGGGAAUACUCUGCCAGCGCGACAGCCUCAGUCGACGCCAACCAGCAAGGGUGAAUCAGGAGCUGAAAGAGACGUCCCACGGCCCACUCUACUAGUGGGCAACCAUUACUUGAGGCGCAUCCGUGAUCUGCAUCAGUUUGCGGAGGAACUAACUAAAAUGCUGACGCUAAAAGGCUGCGAGGACGUGGCUCGCAAGAUUGUGAAGCGCUGCGACAGGUCCACUUUCUUCAACUUUCCGGCCGCACUACGCCGCUACAUGCUCUUGCAAGGGUAUAAAGAAUCUACGCUGGAACUGUACUACAUACACGGCGCUAUAUCGUACUGGAAAGGUAAAGAGCCCAGUGCCACCACCGACCACCUGCUCGACAUCAUCAAGAGCGUUGCCGGCAACGUGGCUGAUCGUGCUGCCUCCGUUGGACGAGAGGUCAGCACCGACGGUGAUUCACUGAGUAGCUGGAGACGGCAACGCCACAACAGCCGAUAAGCAAGCGGAAGCUAGGUCAUAGUCAUACGCACCAUUUCAGUUGCGGUGUUCCGUGUGCCGAGGUCGAACGGAUCUGAUCCAGUGCCCCACGGAUACGAGCAAUGGAGCCGUUUCACACCUCCGUCAUGUGACAUGUGUCUACUAGUACAUGUAUGCAUGUAGCCUUAGCCGCUGUGUCACGAGCUAUGAAGCCGAGACCUCUGGUCGGCUGAACUUAAUAAGCCCCACCACCACACUCCAUUAUUGACUUCAGUGUGUGGAGAUACGUGGGUUUUGUAGGAGAAAGAUGUGAUGUUUGUGUACGAAACUCCCACUACAUGCGCACAGUGGGACCGACUGCACCGACGUCGUGUGACUGCAGACUUUCGCUAUCAACACGACUGCGCCAUUAUUUUGCUAAUGUGGUCAUGUGACAUACCCCCCCCCCCCCCCUUGGUACGUUCCGCAGUGCUAUGAUGAGUGCGAGGUGCGAACAUGCCUCUUUUCUGAACCUCCCCCCCCCCUUACCAAAGCCUGUCGGUGAUGGUCGACAGUUCUACAUCCUUCUUUCUUCUAAUGUCAUGCUAGCUUGUUCCGCAUGCCUCGUUACACGGCCUUUAUUAGUGCUUCAAAAUAGCUUUGAGACUUUACCCCGAACAAUGAGGCAACCAUGGAACUAUCAUGGCGACACAUUGCCAAGAGAUGUUAUUAAUUUUAGUUUAAAAUUUUGAAUAUUCACUUCUAGAGAAACGUGCAUGCGCUGUGGUUCGUGUUGAUUUCUUGAAUCGGUUUGCUGUCGUGAUGACUGCUGACCACCCGCA